AUGCUGGCCCCUCUGUGGAUGGUUAACCUUUCUUUCCCCACUGUGUGGGCCCAGAUGCUAAUCAGCAGUCCCUACAGGAAUGUCUGCAGGCAUGCUCUGCUGUCAGACAAUGACAUUGUCCUGGAGCAUAGCUUCCACAGGGCCCACUGGUAUUUCUCUUCCUCCUGGAAUGGGGGUGGGGAAGAUCUCUUCCUGCUCAAGUCAACACCUAACAUAAAAACCCUGCCUGGGGGCAGCCUGCUGCUGAUCAGCCUCAGCCCUCAGCCCUCCCAGACAGGGCUCUAUUGCUGUCUGGAUGACAACACUGCCCGCAUCGCAGAGGAUGAGAUUGAUUUCCAGUAUGUCACCACACUGCGCAUCACUCACAAGCCCCUAGAAAAUGAGACCCUGAGUCUGAGUGGCAAGGUGCACAUCUUUGCUCAGUGGGAACCCUGGCAAGACCGUAACCACUGUGGCAAGCCGGGAGAGCACAGCCGCCUGGGCUACUGCUACAUGGAGAUGGCCCUGGAAAGACACAUGGCCUGCUGGCUCUCUGAGAAAGUGGCCUAUAGCUGCCUGAGACCUGACCUCCAAGUGGAAGCUUAUCUGUUCCCCUGUGACUCCGCCAAGGAAACCAACCAGCCAUAUUUUGUCUAUGACUUUCACCAGCUCAGCCAGUUCACCAGGGAUAGGUGGCUCAUCUGCUCCUUGGCUUCCAUUUACAGGCCUGUCCACUGGGAAGCCAAUAACACUGUUGUGACAUGGCAGUGCCAGCUGUCUGGCCGGAAUUUCGGCACCUCCCUCGACCCAUCCACCAGCGGCCGGCUGCUACGAGUCUUCAGGACGGCCACUUACAGAGGCUUCAUGGAACAGGAGCUGUUGGCUCAGUUCAAUCCCAGGCCCAAUCCAGAGAUGCUGUGGACUCAGAAUGGGAAGCUUGGGGCCCAGGGGCAGCAGCCAGAGAAGGCCAGCUCUGUCCUCAAGGGGCUGAAACUGAUGCUGCUGAUGGGCACAGCUCUGGCCCUGGUGGGGCCACUGCUCAAGGUCCUCCAUCACGCCCAGGGCAAAAAGAGCAAUUGUCUUCUACUGGUGAGAUAA